UAUGGGGCUCAUUGAGAAAAUCAAGGAAAUUGAAGAAGAAAUGGCCAGAACUCAAAAGAAUAAGGCAACAGAGUACCAUAUGGGUUAAUUGAAGGCUAAAUUGGCCAAAUAUCGUACUCAAUUAUUAGAGCCACCUAAAUCUGGUCCAAAAGGUGAAGGAUUUGAAGUUUAAAAGUUUGGUAAUGCAAGAGUUUGUAUGAUUGGAUUCCCAUCUGUUGGAAAGGUAUUAACAUAAUCUAUAUUAUUAAGUCCACAAUUCUUUCAACUUUAACAAAAACAUAAUCACUUGUGGCUGCAUAUGAAUUCACUACAUUAACAUGCAUUCCUGGAGUAAUUGAUUAUAAAGAUGCUAAAAUCUAAUUGCUUGAUCUUCCAGGAAUUAUUGAAGGUGCUUCUGAAGGUAGAGGAAGAGGAAGACAAGUCAUUGCAGUCGCUAAAGCUUGUGAUCUUGUUCUUAUGGUUUUGGAAGCUGAUAAAGCUGAAGAUUAAAGAAGAAAACUCACUUUAGAAUUAGACAAAAUGGGUAUUAGACUUAAUAGAAAGAAACCAGAUGUGACUAUUACACCAAAUAAAUCAGGAAUGUAUUUAUUGAUUAUUAUAAAUUUAGGGUUCGUAUUACAUCAACUAUAAAAUUAACAAAAGUAGAUGAAAAGUUAAUUAAGAACAUUAUGUAAGAAUAUAAGAUCCAUAAUGUUGAUAUAUUGAUAAGAGAAGAUAUUACAGUAGAUGAUUUGAUUGAUAUGAUUGAAGGAAAUAGAAAAUAUGUUAAAUGUCUUUAUGUUUUUAAUAAAAUUGAUAAGAUAUCUAUUGAAGAAGUAGAUGAAAUUGCUAGAAGAAAAGAUCAUUGUGUAAUAUCAUGCAAUUUGAAACUAAAUUUGGAUUAUUUGUUAGAAUGCAUGUGGGAAAAAUUAGAUUUAGUUAGAGUCUAUACAAAAAAGAGAGGAUAAUAACCAGAUUUUGGAGAUCCUAUAGUACUUAGUAAUGAUAGAAAUGGUUUGAUGAUUAGAAGUGUUUGUGCAUAAAUUCAUAGAGAAUUAGUUGAUGAAUUUAAGUUUGCUAUUGUUUGGGGAAGAAGUUGCAAGUAAUAUAUUUAAUUUAUUUAGAUUUAAUCCAUAAAAAGUUGGUUUAAAUCAUGUAUUAGCUGAUGAAGAUGUUCUAUAAAUUUAUAAGUCUAAAACUAAAGCAUAAUUAGCCAAAUAAAAUAAAUAAAUAAAGGGAACAAAACAUGAUAGAAAAAAAGAGGAGAAAGGAGACAAAAGUUCAAAAAAAUGAA